UCCUCACCUCUCCUCUCUCCUCCCUGUUUUCCAGCGAUGCUGCAGACUGUAUCCUCUUCAUCGCGGCUGAAGCUGGAUGUGUCCCUGCUGCUUCUUCUCCUUCUCUUCACUGUCGAGCUCCUCUUUCUCUCUCUCUAUCUCUCUCUGGAUUACCUCAAACUAAACGGAUAAGGACGUCUGAUGUCAUGAAGACCCAUCUUCCAAAUUAGACAUGAUAUUCAACAUUCUGCAUUCAACAUUCGGCAUACUGGAACAAAAUGUGAAAAUCAAUUCUCAAUUCUCCAGCUGUGCCACUAAGACUCUUUGAUGGGCAUACAGACUUUUUUGUGAUGGAAAUGGAUGAUUGAUUUUUAGAGUGCUCUUUAGGGCGCUGCAAACUCAGCUGUUUCCAAAAUGUGUGAACGAGCAGAGCCCUUCGGUAAAGGGGAGUUAAGGAAUAACAACCGGCAGGGUGUCGUGCUGGCGGAUGGUGAUGCCAACGCCAAUGAUAUUGAGACAGAGGAUGGUGGGAAGACGGGUGAUACUGGUACUCUGUCAGGGCUGACAACUGAAAGAGCAGAGCAGGACAAAGUCAUCAUCUGGGGUACAGACUCCCAGUGUGAUGACCCUGAGCUGGCUGAGUUUGAGAUGCUGGAGUGUCAGGAGCUGGAGGCUUACCUGGUUGAGGAGGGAGAGGACUUUGUCGGGCUUGCAGACCGGAAAGAGUCUCAAGAAAAGCCUUCAACAUGCAGCAAAGCCACAGUAGAGCAAGCAACAGAUAAUAAGAUCAGGGAAGAGAAAAAGUCUAUUCUGCGUGGUGCCAGUGAGCAGGAAUCCAGUAUUUCUGAGAGCAGAGAGGUAUCCAGGACUGAGCUAAGCUCCGAAACUGAUGUCUUUGUGACCUGUCUGUCUACCAUUUCAAACAUGGACACCGCCGGCAGGACCCAGACAACAGAGUCCUGGCACAUUGCCUCUGGUCCUUACUCAACCAUCUCAGAAGAUCUGACUCUGGUCUCUCAAACAGGCAAGGCCUCUCAAGGAGCUGAUCACCUCUUGUCUGGAAAAAGCACAAUACACCAGAAAGAUGUGGACAUGAAUUUAAAUUCAACAGUUCAUUCAGAGGAUGUAGUAUCACAGGCACAAGUGAGGAAUGGAGUCGUUCCAUGUAAGGAUGAUGAGUGCAGGAAGAACAAUAACCAGAGAAAUAAAGCCAUUUCAGAGCAGGACUGUGAUCAAGGGAGAAGUACUGAGCACAAGGGUUCAUCUGCUGCAAGAACAUCACACGAAGAAAGCAACAAUAAAAUGGAUAAAAGCACACAAGCAAAUGAAGCCCCCAAAAUGAACUACAGCCCAAACAAAACAGUUACAAAAGGGACUCAAUCAUCAAUUGAAUCCAAAGCCAUAAAGAAACAAGGGUCAUUUGAUAACACGUUGAAAAAACAAAACUCUUUUGACAAGAGUUUUAAAAAGCAGCCAUCAUUUGAGAAUUCUUUCAAGAAGCAGCUCUCCUUUGAUAACACCUUAAAAAAGCAGAGCUCUUUUGAGAACACUGUCACCACCAGCUCUUCAAGUCUGGAGAGAAGGAAGCCAUGGGGAAGCCCUAGUCGACCAGCAACUCCUACUUCCCCUAAAACUACCUCCUGUUCCCCCAAGAGACGACCACCUGGUUCACCAGCCAAGGUCCAGGGCAUCAGGGCACUGAGCUUGGAGCGCAGCGGCUCCCCUCAGAGAGGUUUAAGUCAAACAAUCAAACCUCUGGCAAAGACAAAUUUGAGCAGUGGCAUUCCUAAACCCAUCAUGUCUCAGCAGAAAGAGCCUGAACCCAGGAAGUCCUCUCCUCCCCAGAAGCCUAAAAAUGUCCGACCAAAAAUCAUCACCUAUGUUCGAAAGAAUCCUCAAGCAAAACCACAAGCGGCAGAUGCCCCACUUGAAGCCUCAACACUUUCACCAAGACUAUCUUCUUACUCCAGCCCACCAGCUCAUAAAGAUCUAAAGGUCGGUCCUCAACCUAAAUCCACACCAGUGCUGUGUUCCUCCAACCUGCUGUUUGACAAAUAUCGUCAGGAGAUUCAGAAGGCAGGGUACUAUCCUCCAGGCAUGGCUGUAACUGGGGUGAAACCUCCAAGCAACACCGUCCCUCAAAGGCAGAGUGGGAAGUCGGACAGUUUUCAUGAGGAUAUGCAUGAGAAAUAUCUCCAAGAGCAUGUUUCUCAGGAAGGCAGCAGUGUCUACCGCUCACCCAGAGCUCUGAGGCCUCAGCUGGGGUUAGGAGCGGUCACCAGGCAGCCUGCAGCCAAGACAAGAGUUCAGCAGACAGGUCAGAGGACAACCACAGCCCCAAGCCAUUCUCCUCAGGCAGCUGGAGCGUCCACCCAAGGCCACCAGGACCCUGCAGGAGAGCAAAAGAGGUCAGGAGAAAGAGGUCCAGAAACCAAUCCCAAGAGCCUCCUGCUCAAACCAGGCCAGUCUGGUCUCCGUCCACCAGGCUUCUCCGCCCUGCCAGCUGCCCGUCUGGCUGCCUUUGGCUUCGUCCGGAGCUCCAGUGUCUCCUCUGUGUCCAGCAACCAGUCUACCGACAGCAGUCACAGUGAUCCAUGCCGACCUUCUCAGCAUCCUGGCAGUGGCAGCAAUGACACACCUCUCCACAAAACCACAGCAACCCCCGGUGAAGCUUCCCAUGCUCAGAGUCGGUCCCAGCCUCCCAACGCCCCCAGCCUCCAGCGCCGCAGUCUGCCGUCGCAGCGUUGCUCCCCUCUCGCCUCUCGGAGGGAGAUACAGAAGGAUGUAGAAGCUGUGAUGCCACCAAAAUCCUCUCCUAAAAGAUUUGCAGUGGUUUCACCCAAACCGCAGUCCCCUGUUCGUGGGCGGACGGCAGCAGUUCAUGGAGCUGUUCGGACUGAAAGGGCUCAGGAGCUGGACCGGGCUCUGAUCCAGCAGCUGCGGGAACGCUGUGAGCAGCAGGCCCUACAGCUGCAGAGCUUACAGGCCCAGUUAAAGAAGGCCUCCCUCUGCCUGGAUGUUUUCAGCAUCACCACCCAGCACUUCUGUCACAAGAGCGAGAGUGCCAUUGUGAAGGAGAGGGAACUGUCCCUGGAGCUUGCCAGAAUCAGGGAUGAAGUGGCUUUCAGUGUCAAACACUGGGAGCAACUGCAGCAGGAGAAGCAGGAACUGGAGCGUCGUUUCGAGGCUGAGCUGCAGGGUUUACGGGCUCAGCAACAGAGGGAGCUGGGGGCGCUGGAGGAGCGGCUGAAAUCGCAACACAUGGCUGAGACCGAGAGCCUGCAGGUCCAACAGCGAGGCGAGCUGGAGGAGCUGCGAUUGAAACAGCAAGAGCAGAUUGAGGAGAUAAAUGAGAACCAAGAGGCUUCAUUGAUGGAAAUGGAGACGACUCACAAUGACACACUGGCCACUCUGCAGGAGGAGCACGCCAGGACUGUGAAGAAUCUAAAGAUGGCCCAUGAACAGCAGACAAAGUCUCUGGUAGAAGAGUUUGAAAAGAUCAGACUGUCACUGCAGGAUCAGGUCGACACGCUGACAUUUCAAAAUCGCAGCCUCAGAGACCGAGCCAAGCGCUUCGAAGAAGCUCUGCGCAGGAGCACAGAUGAGCAGAUAGUGGAUGCCUUGGCACCAUAUAAACACAUUGAGGAGGACCUGAAGAGUCUGAAAGAAGUCCUGGAGAUGAAGAAUCAACAAAUUCAUCAACAGGACCUGAAGAUCUCUGAACUGGAGAAAAUACAGGCUGAAAAGAACGUGUACCUGGAGGAGAGACUGCAAGUGUUACAGCAGCAGAACGAGGACCUGAAGGAAAGAAUAGACAAGAACGUCGCUGUGUCCAGGCAACUCUCGGAGGAAAAUGCCAACCUGCAAGUGCACGUUGAGAAAGAGAGCAACGAGAAGAAGAGGCUGAGUCGCACUAACGAGGAGCUCCUGUGGCGUCUCCAGACGGGCGAGCUGAGCCCUCGCAUGUCUCCCAGCUCCUCCCCCAUCCAUCGACCUUCAUCCGGACCAGGCUCUCCAGCCCGCCCACACUCCUACCAUCAAUGACACUCUCAACGGAAGCUCUUGUAUCAAACGCUUUCUUUUAUCCGGCAUCGGAAGCCCUGAUUUUUUAAAAAACUCUUUGUUGAAUGUUCCUCUCAAUUAAAGCGUAGGAUUUUACACUAUGUAGACCGACAGACACAGAUAAGUUUGUUUCCGGGGAGAUGUCGUUCACCUCUGUGAUUGCGUUUCCAAAGUCCAACCGCUGGAAUUUUAAUCUCUGACCUAAAGAAUUGUAUUAAUGAUUACGCCUGUUGUUCAAAAGGGAAUUCUCUGCCCUCCUCUUUUUCUAUUCCACCUGAACACCCCACAAAACCUGUGAUACUGCAGUAGAUGAAAGAUCUGGUCAUUGUGGACUUCAGAGAGCAGGAUCAGAGUCACGGUGCCUCAUUUCCAUGUGUUCGCCUUCAUCCCCAUCACCACCUUCUCAUCUCAGCGCUCAGGAUGAUGGAUGUGCAAACAUAGCAAACAUCAAAUGUGCAACAAGAACCACAAGAAGCGCCUUUGCUGUUCAUUUUCUCCCACCAGCAACGUUUAUCAAGGCACAGGCGAUACUUUGAGUAAAAUCACAAACCUACCUACAGUUCCUCUCAGAGUUCCUCUCAAAGUGUGGAUUCCUCUCUGGGGCAUGUUUACCUUUUCAUGUGGAAAUCUUUGAUAUAUCAGGAGUGUAUGAAUGACUACCUAGCCAUCUAACCUCAACCAUCCAUCCUACUUUCUCCUAGAUGACCUGAAAAAUUCAAAAAUGAAAAAGAUUACAACAACUCAUAAAACCAUUGAACUGCCAACACAGUGUAACGAUGAUAUUGAUUUUAAUUUGUAAAAAAACAAAAACAAAAAAACUCUACACGUAUUUCUCUCUUUAAAGCAUGUUCUGUCUUCCAGUUAGAAUGCAUUUUAUUUUAGGAUUACCUACAGUGUGACGAUAUGGAGUUGAACGGUGAAGGGGCAACAGAAGUUACCUCUUAUUUCUGAUAAACCAAGAUUUAUUCAAAUGAAAUCAAUCAUUGCAUCACACAUUUUAGACUAAUCUGACAUUGUUUUAUGUGAGACGAUGCCCCUCAUCUUCAGUCUGGUUGAGAUAUGUAAGACUUUCCCCACAAAACUAAAGUGCAGGAUCUCCGUAGAAACCACCAAAGAGGAAGUCAUGAAACACAGCGAUUUAUCAUGUACUGUAGCCAUCAUAUUUGUGGAGUUAAGUGCUGCGCAACUGACCAUAAAUGGUCAUAAUGUAUUGACUUGUACACAUGUAAAUCCAACUUCUGUUCAUUAUCUUGCAUUCGUACAGUUUAGUUUAGGUAAACCUUAUCAUUGCUCCUGCAGCUGACUCGAAUCCUCCAUCGCUGAUUGUUUUCUGUGUUUUAAAAUUCACCUCAUGAGCAUGUGUGGUGAAAAAAUAAUAAUAAUGCGGCUCCCAAACAUGCAGACGAUUUCCAUUAUUAUUAUUAUUAUUAUUAUUAUUUUCCAUCUGUACCACCAAUUGACUCUUUGACUCGAAAAAAUUCUUGUCCAAAUUUUGUUAACUUAUCAAAAUAAGUUAGAGAAUGGAGAAAAUCUGCAAGCUGUUACCUCAUUUCUCAUUGUAGAGAAUAAUCUCAGGUCUUGAGGAGGUUUAUGAGUCAUCAAAGGGAAGCAACUGCCAUAACUUUAUUUUGUGUAUUAAUUAUUAUUGAGCUUCUUUUUUUUUACGCUUUUACUCAUGUUUACAUAACCACUCAGCUUAACUGUCUGUCCUGCAAGAUUUGUAUAAAACUAGUUGGAUGCACAGAAUAUGUUUAACUAUUUUAAAG